UAGUAGGCCAUGCCAUUCAUCGCAGUGCGCGCGACCGCGUACGGUUCACGGCCGUUUUCCCGUUUUAAUCGAUUCGUACUGAGCAUAAUAACAAUCACAAUAACAAUAAUAAUCAUCGCGAAUUAUUAAUAUCGAUUUAUUUUUAUUAUUUUUUUUAUUUAUUUUAAUAUACCGUUCGUACGGUUUUCGUUUCAUCUCCUUUUUCCGACUGCGACGUCGUUUGUUGCCGCCAGAUUUCGCCGAAACGCGACACCGGCUCCUCGAUCGCCGCUGAAGCAGUCGUUGUUUUAGUAAAGAACUGAACCACUUCAUACGGCAUUACAACAACACAAAAACCACAGUUGGUUGGAUAGUAAUAUUUUGGAAAAAAGUAAAAUGACUUUCGACGACCUAUUACACAAAAUCGGCGAUUUUGGGAAGUACCAGAGAAGAAUUUACUUCUUCCUGUGUCUACCCGCGAUAUCGUGUGCUUUGCAUAAGCUGUCCGGGGUCUUUAUCCUGGCCAAAACUGAUUACAGAUGUCAAUUACCGGGUGAGCCCGACAAUGCUUCGUAUGGUUUGCCGCCCGACAUCAUGAACAAGUCAUAUCCAUUCGAUUAUAAGUUGGACCAUUUUUCUUCGUGUAAGAUGUACGACACGAAUUUCACUGAAGCGUACUACUCGUCAAAUAUAACGGCGAACCAAAGCAUAGCCUGCCACCGUUGGAUAUACGACCGACACGACUUCCAAAACACCGCAGUGAUGGAGUUUAACUUGGUGUGUGACAGAGCUUGGUACAAAGGCACGGCGGACUCUAUGCUCAUGGUCGGUGUGAUGUUGGGAUCGAUAAUAUUUGGAUACUUGUCGGACCGAAUUGGGAGAAAAAAUAUUUUUGUAAUAUCGGUAUUGCUGCAGGGAAUUUCCGGUUGCGGUAUGGCAUUUACACAAGAGUAUUGGAGCUUUACAUUUCUCAGAGUGUUGGUAGGAGCAUCAACUUCGGGGCUAUACCUAGCAGCUUAUGUCAUCGGUUUGGAAUUUGUCAGCUCCAAAUAUCGAAUGGUGGUCGGCGUGGUCAUACAAAUGUUCUUUUCUGUCGGUUUUCUUUUAACAUCUGGAUUUGCGUACGCCUUCCACGAAAAUUGGAGAUACUUUCAACUGGCUAUUACCAUACCGACUUUGUUCUACACGACCUAUUAUUGGUUUGUACCAGAAUCGGUGCGUUGGCUACUGGCCAACGGUAAACAGGAUAAAGCCGUACAAAUCCUCCAGAAAGUGUGCAGGGUGAAUGGUGUGGACAUUUCGGGAAAAGACAUAGUUGAAAUAUUGGAAUGCGAUAUUGAGAAAAAGCUUACAGUAAAUGCCGAUGAUCAACCCAAAGCGUCGUUUUUCGAUCUAUUCAAACACCCAGUGAUUUUGAAGAGAUCUAUCAUCAUAAUGCUUUUGUGGUUUGUAAACAGCACUGCCUAUUAUGGUCUGUCUUGGAGUACUUCUAAUCUUGGAGGAAAUCAAUAUUUUGUGUUCAAUUUAUUCGGUAUAGUUGAGUUCCCGGCCUAUAUAUUUUUAUUAGCCACCCUCAACAAAUGGGGCAGGAAGAUAAAUAUAUCUGGGUUCCUAAUAUUAGCCGGAUUAGCACUUCUAGCAACGCUAGCUGUACCCAAAACGAAUACGUGGAUGGUUAUCUUCUUUGCGAUGAUGGCCAAGAUGUCCAUAACUGCGUCAUACGGAGCGGUGUACGUCUACACUGCAGAACAGUUUCCGACCGUGGUGCGGAAUAUGGGCUUGGGGGUAGGAUCGUUCUUCGCCAGGAUCGGAGGAAUUGUGGCACCAUACAUUAACAACACGUCUGAAAUUUGGGUUAAUAUGCCGUUGGUCGUGUACGGCGGUCUGGCAUUGUUGGUCGGAGUGUGGUCGCUUGUGUUACCCGAGACGCUAAACAGAAAACUGCCAGAUACCAUCGAAGAUCUCAUUGCUAUGUCAGAAAAGAAAUACAAGCGAGUGCUUAUAAAUGACCCGGCAACAAAUGGUGACGUGAAGAAGGAUAAAAACAAGUAUUAAAGUAUUAAAUUAUGUAGGUGUAUAAUGAUAUUUUGUAUUUUUCCACUAUGAAUAAUAGUUACAUGUUUUGUAAUAAUAUGAAAUAAUGUUCCGACUGCUAUUUUUUUUUAUAACUACUUACUAUUAUUCGACAACUUAAACAUUGUUGUUUGUGCCUAUUUUGUACUACAUACUUAUGUUUUUAUAACAUUCUGAGUGAAUUACAAACUACAAUAAUAUUAAUA